AUGUCUGGACAGGAGCCCUGUCAUAGGCAGGCUUCAGUCAAAGUGGAAGAAAUUGGACAGAUAGCGAACGGUCCAGCGCACUGGAGCGAGUCUCCCGCGAUUGUCAGCGGCUCAGUCGCACAGCGUGGAGAGGUUGAUUCUGGCGACCAGAGGGUCGUACCAGAACCACGCUCAAUCUUUGAGCAGUUCGACAGAUACAUUCAGGAAUGUCGAGUUUGA